AUGGCGCUCGGAGCUUGCGUCAACGAUGACACCUUCUCAUUCAGACCCCAAGCUCUUCAGUGGAUCCACGAAGCCCGUGAAUGGCUCGAGUCGUCCGAGAAGAGAAGAUUGACAAUGAGCGGCAUACAGAUCAUGUGCCUGGUCCACCUCGCUCAGCAGGCGACGGAGUCCUUGUAUGGCGACCGUGUGUGGAUCCUCAACGGGACCUUGCUCCGAUCCGCCAUGUGCAUCGGCCUCCACCGGGACCCGGCGAAGCUGCCGCGGAUGUCGGCGUUUCAGGCCCAGAUGCGUCGUCGGCUGUGGCUGACUGUGAUGGAGCUGGUGCUUGAUGCGAGUGUUGAAUCUGGGCAGCCGCCUUUCAUCUCGGAGGAUGACUAUGAUUGCGAGCUCCCGGCUGAUCUGAACGAUGGUCAGAUUGGGCCCGAUAUUGAGACGCUGCCGGCUUUGAACACUACCACCACUUUUACGGACAUGUCACUUCAGAUCGCUCUGAGUCGUUCCAUUGGAGUUCGACUAUCUGUAGCAAAACACUGGAGCAAAAUCAAACCGAACGGCGGAUACGCUUCCGUGCUACAGCUAGGGACAGAAUUGGUGGCCGCACGCCAGCUACUAAACAAGACUCUCUCCUCUCUCCGCCCUGAAGCAUCCCAGUUCCAGCACCGCUUCUGCGACACAAUCCUCACGCGGUACCUCUUCACUCUCCACAUGCCCUUCGUCCCGCUCUCAAACCCUCUCUUCUGCCACUCACACAAGACCUGCGUCGACGCCGCCCUCGAAGUUUCCUACCUCACCCUGCCGGCCUCGUACCCGGACAACCCCUUCGUGGAAGCCAUCCGCAUGGUAUCAGGAAUCAAAGAGCCCUGCCCCGACUUCGACCGCCUCGUCACGUGCGGCUCCGGCUCGUUCAGGAUCACCAAGCACCUCGCGACAAGCAUCCUGGCCGCGGACCUGGCCGUGCGGGUGGCUGAGAAUGGGGUCUCGAAGCCGGGUUCGGCGCUGCGGAUCGCGGAAGAGCGUUGGCUUCUUCGUGCGGGGGUGGAGUGGGCUGAAGCACGCAUCAGAGCAGGGCAGGAUAAUGUGAAGGAUUAUGUUUUCUUUGCGGUUGUACUGGCUGGUGUUGAGGCCCAGAUGAGUGGGGAGUCUGCUGAGGGGGCAAUGGAACAAAUGGGACGUGAGGUUAUUGAUAAGUGUGUGGAGAUCUUGACGGAGAUAGUGGGAGAUCACGCGGUGCCGCAGGGUAGCUAUCCUAGUGUAGCUCUGGAGGAUGGCGAGUUGGAUAUGAUGGGUACCUUCUGGUCCAGUGACUUUUCUGGGAUUGGUUGGAUGGACUCAAUGUCAAUGUUGCCCAUGUAA